AUGUCAAUAGAACCAAGAGCAAACGAUUUCGGCUCAACUUGGGCAAAUUUUAAGGAAGUUUUAAAAUGUGUGGUUACACUUGAAAACAUUUCAAAAAGUACAUGGGAAAAUGCCUUUAGUAAUGUCUAUUUUCUGUGUGUGGCCACGGAACAAACAGCAAAAACUUACAAGCAAUUGUACCAAGAGACACAAGAAUUUUUAGAGAAGCAUGUUAAAUCACUUCUGACCAGAGUGAAUGAGAAAAGUCAAGAAAAGCGUCUUACAGAGUAUUACACUUUAUGGCAGCAAUACAGCAAAGGGAUGGAAGAUGUGAACAACCUGUACAAGUAUCUCAACGAUAAUUAUAUUCAACCUCAAAGGAUAGCAGUUCUGUGUGGGACAGUGCACUGCAUUAUGAUAAUUGAAGAAUUGGGCCUGCAUUUAUGGAAGAAGUAUGUUAUCGCACUAUUGAAGGCUGAGUUGCUAUCAAUAGUUUUGGGAGCCCUUCAUGAUGAUCGAACUGGUCUAUCUAUGACAUGCAAGGAAAAAAGUACGAGAAGAAGGUUUUUAGAAGAAACUGGUGAAUAUUACCGUCUAGAAGCCAGUCAGCUACUGCAAGAAGAAGUUUCCAAGUUUAUGACAAAAAUUUUGGAACGUUUGGACAAAGAAGAUGUUCGUAGUGCGGAAUUUCUGCAAAAAAGUUCUUACAUUAAAGUACGAAGAAUAUGCGAGGAAAGAAUGGUAGUGGAUCAAUUGGAAGCUAUCCAAAACGAAUGCCCAACAGUAGUUCAAAACGAACGCAAAGAUGAUCUUAGAAAUGCCUUCAAGUUAUUGAAGUUAACUCUGGGUGAAUUGUCUGUUCUGGCAUCGCAUUACGGUGAACACAUAAAAAAAUAA